GAGCAUUUCACCCAUUGCCAACAGCUCAUCCAUCUGAUAUAGAAGUAACCUGUAGGAUUUAGUGAGGCGUGCCGAUGGGGCAGCUCACGUCUAAGCUCGGGGGGUUGGUCCCCAGUGAACCCAGGAAUGGAAACUUCCAGGUCCCUCCAACCAUUGUGGUACCAGACAUGGAUUCAAGUGCAUCAGAGCGCCAGAACUCAAAAACGCAGCUGCGGAGGUCUUCCGUCUACAGCACGAUCGACCUGGUGCCGCAGCCGCAUCAUUAUGACAUCGCACUGACAAACCAUCAGAUAAAGAGCCGUCCAUCUCUUGAGGUUCUCCGCAGCUCAUACGGGGGGGAUAUGGCGGUCACUGAUAAAGAGUUGGGAGAUGUCAGUGCUCCAGACAUCGAACAGGAGGGCUCAGAACCUCAGGGGAAACAACCCAUUAGGUUUGGCUGGGUGACGGGAGUCACGAUUCGUAGUAUGCUGAACAUUUGGGGAGUCAUCCUGUUCAUCCGGCUCACGUGGAUCACAUCCCGGGCCGGCAUUUUGUUGACCUGGCUUAUCCUCGCCAUGUCCGUGGUGGUGACCUCAGUAACCGCCCUCUCCAUCUCCGCCAUCGCCACCAACGGGAAGGUGGUCUCGGGAGGGACGUAUUUUGUGAUCUCCCGCUCUUUGGGCCCUGAGAUUGGUGCUCCAAUCGGACUGAUGUAUUCCUUUGGCAACGCAUUGGCCUCUGCGCUCAACACCAUGGGCUUCUCAGAGGUGGUCCGCGAUUUGCUGAAGGACUUCGGUAUCGUCAUGGUCGAUUCAGCCAACGACGCCCGUAUUAUCGGCGUGAUCACGGAGACCGUCCUUCUGUGCAUUGCAAUAGCCGGGAUGGAGUGGGAGUCCAAGGCCCAGUAUUUAUUCUUCUUAGCUCUCAUGCUAUCCUUUGUCAACUACUUGGUGGGCACAGUCAUACCCCCCACAAUAGAGAAACAAGCCCAGGGCAUCUUUGGGUACAGUGGUGAUAUCUUUGUGGCAAACCUAACACCAGACUGGAGAGGAACUAACUUUUUCCAGCUGUUUGCCAUUUUCUUCCCUGCUUGCACUGGCAUUCUGUCUGGGGUCAACAUCUGCGGAGACCUCAAAGACCCUGCCACCGCCAUCCCCAAAGGCACCUUCAUGGCCAUUUUCUGGACUACACUCAGCUACGUAGUUAUCCCUGUGACCGCCGGGGCGUGCAUGCUGCGCGACGCCUCCGGUAAUAUCAGUGACAUGAUGACGGGCAACAACACGGCUGGCUGUGUGGGUCUGGGCUGUGCCCACGGCUGGAACUUCACAACCUGCACUGAGUUACAAAACUGUAAAUAUGGCCUGAGCCCCAGUUCAAAGACAAUGGGCCAACUUUCAGCCUACUAUUACAUCAUCCACGCGGGGAUAUACGCUGCCAGCCUGUCGUCCGCCCUCGGCUUCCUCGUCUCCGGCCCUAAAAUCUUUCAGUGUCUAUGCAGAGACAACAUCUACCCAUACAUUGGAUUCUUUGCAAAAGGUUACGGCAAAAAUGAUGAGCCCCUGCGGGCUUAUUUGCUCUGCUACGUCAUUGCUCAGAUUUUAAUUCUCAUUGGUCAGCUGAACACCACCGCGGCCCUGCUCUCCAACUUCUUUCUGUGCUCCUACGCCCUCAUCAACUUCAGCUGCUUUUACGCCUCCACUGUCAACUCCCCCGGUUGGAGGCCGUUGUUCCGCUACUACAGCAAAUGGACGGCUUUGUUCGGAGCCGUGAUCUCCGUGGUGCUGAUGUUCCUGUUCACCUGGUGGGCGGCCCUCAUCACCUUCAGCAUCAUCUUUUCCCUCUUAGUCUACGUCAGCUUCAACAAGCCCACGGUGAACUGGGGAUCGUCGGUGCAGGCGAGUACAUACAACAUGGCUCUGUCCAGCUCCGUCUGGUUGUCUGGUGUCGAGGAUCACGUCAAGAACUUUAGACCACAGUGCCUCGUCAUGACCGGGCCACCGAACCAGCGGCCGGCUCUGGUUGACUUUGUUGGCUCCUUCACCAAAAAAACAUGCCUCAUGAUCUGUGGAGACGUCAUCAUGGAACGGGACAAGCAAACUCGGGCGGCCAACGACACGGACAUGUUGUUGAAGUGGAUGAACCAGAGGAAGGUGAACUCCUUUUACAGCUCGUUCCCUGCCGACAGUGUCAGAGUGGGAGCUAAACACCUGCUGCAGGCUUCUGGUCUUGGCAAGCUGAAGCCCAACACUAUGGUUCUGGGCUUCAAGACAAACUGGAGGGAGAGUUCACCUGAAAGCAUUGAAGAUUAUAUUAACACCAUAUACGAUACCUUUGACGCCAACUACUGCCUGUGCAUCCUGAGGAUGAUGGACGGGCUGGAUGUCUCUGAGCAGUUGGAUUCUGAAGUCAACCAGGCCUUUGAGUUCGAUGAAUCUGUCGAAGACGAAGACCAGAAAUCUCCAGAGACGGAAUCCGCUCCGGCCGACGCCCUCCCCGGGGAAGAGGGCGUCACUCAGGACAAGACGGUGUUUCAGAGCGACCAGGGCAAGAAGAGCAUCGACAUCUACUGGAUCGCCGACGACGGAGGUCUGACUCUGCUGGUUCCUUACCUGCUCACGAGGAGGAAGCGCUGGCGCCGCACUAGGAUCCGGGUCUUCAUCGUCGGAGACGAACAGAACAUGGAGGAAAGCCGCAAAGAGAUGAUCACUCUGCUGAACAAUUUCCGCCUGGAUUGUUCCAACGUCACAGUCAUAACGGACAGCGAGAGGUGUCCCACCCCCAAAAACCUCAGCAGGUUCGUGGACAGUGUCGCCCCCUUCAGGCUGCACGGCGAACAGCAGGAAGGCGACUCGGUCAGCGGGGCGAAGCAAAGCACCCCGUGGAAAAUAUCAGACAAAGAGUUUGAGGCCUUCAGGUUUCAGUCCGAGAGUAUAGUGAGGCUGAAUGAAAUCAUCCGGAGGAACUCUCAGCAUGCUGCCCUCGUCCUCGUGAGCCUUCCUGUGCCGCACAGAGACUGCUCCAGUGCUCUGUACAUGGCCUGGAUGGACACUCUGACCUGCGGCCUCCACUGCCCAGUGGUGCUGAUACGAGGAAACCAGCAGAACGUGCUCACCUUCUACUGCCAAUGAGUCCGGACUCACAUGGAUGGACACUAGAUCGAGCCCCACUAACUUAUAGAGUGAGAAGAAAAUAUGUAUUUGUGCAAUAGGUCCCAGGGAAGGGUUUAAAAGUUCUAUAUCUAAUAUAUAUGUGAAGACGACGCCAAUGCAGACGCUCGCUGAAGAUCAUCUUCGGGAUGUCCCCUCUUAGACGAAGGCUGCUGAACGCGUUGCUGAGCUAUAGUCUGAGAUCAGCUGCAGACUCUCUGAAUAUCUGCGUAUUCAUUCAAUUUUGCUUUCCUUUCCUUCCAUGGUGUCGGUUUUCCCUUAAAAUAUCUAAUCAUUGGUGAGACGGUGCAAAUGUCUCCUUUUCCCAGCAGCCGCGUUGGCUUUUCAUAGCAGGAUGAACAGGUGUAAUCGGGACGGCAUGCACAACACAAAGGCCACGGGACCACCACACCUUCAAUCAAACACACCUGUGCUGAUGUGAUGACACAUCAACGAGGCUGCUGGGAAAAGGGCCGGUGGAAUGAAACUGAAGAAAAUGAACUGUCACGAUAUCUUAUCUCAUGUGUGUGAAUAUAUGAACAGAGAUCAUGUACAACAUUUAUUGCAUUUUAACUGUGAGUGAUGUAACAAAAAUGUAACUUGGGUGAUGGUAACUAUAAAUAUAACUUAAUCAAUAUACUUACUGAGCCAGAUUUCAACACCUUGUAUGAUACUGAUGAAACCUCUUUUGAAUUAAACUUAAUCUGUGGCCAACAAUAUAUUUUUGUCCUUAAAUAAAAAGAAACUUGUGAA